AUGAGCAUAAGUAGACCAGUCACUUCGAUCCUUUCUGUACGGUUACUUUUUCGAAGGGCAAUUGCAGUUAGCUCAUUUCGUUGUAACACAGGAUUACUGCGUAACUACUCUGUCCAAAAUGUAGAUAAAAUUGCCAACAAAGAGCCAAUUGUUAAAGGUGAAAAGGCCAAAGGUCAAGACAAAUUGCAUAAAAUUAUAGCCAAAUCAAAACUACUAUCUAGGCUGAACAAAAACCCCAAGUUUUCCACCUACUUCAAUAGGCUUUCUGAUGCCGGAGUGACUUCUUCGGUAACCUCAUUCCUAAUUUUGCAUGAAGUGACUGCCAUUGUCCCAUUGUUUGGAUUAUGGUGGGUAUUAUAUCAACUGGAUCUCCAUGAUCAAUAUGAACUACCUUUGUAUUUUACAAAUUUACUCAACCAAUGCGGUGAAGCCAUGGAGAAAUUGGUGGGCGAUGAGUACAGUGAGGGUCUAGAUAGAAACCGGCUAAUUCUAGCGGGUGCCAUAUCGUACGCACUUGUAAAAAUGUUUUACCCUGUAAGAGUACUACUGAGCCUAUGGGGAGCCCCUUAUCUAGGUAGAUGGCUUCUCAAACCGAUCUCGAAGCUACGCAAUACCGGCAAGUCAAAGGCCCAGAAGAACGGAAGCCAAUCGACUAAGUAA